AACGGAGAGAUGACUGUUUAGCCACACCUCUCAGUCCAGUCGCUCUCUGGCUCGCACUGCUGUCGCUAGUAGCAGGUGGCUAAAGCUCUGCGCGUUGUCGCAGCCGGAGGUGCUGGUGUAAGAUGUCUCCAUUAGCUGCUGCUUCUCUCCUCUGGCUGCUGGCUUGCACUACUGCCCCUGUAACCAGCUACCCUAAUGGCAGAGUAACUGUCGCCUGCAGCACCAUGACUCCAGGACAUAGUCAUGAACCUCAGCCUGGAAUCGAACAUAGCAUAACCGUGGACAGAAAUGUGUUCAAACCAGGAGAUCGCAUCAAAGUCACCUUGUCCGGGCCACGCUUUACUGGAUUCUUCAUUCAGGCACGAAACGCAGACAAUUUAGAUGGCAGUGCAGUGGGCUCAUUCUCAUUAAUUGAUGACCAGGUUUCCCAACUACUGACCUGUGACGGAAUUCAGGAUUCAGCUGUCAGCCAGACCAGCAAAAGAAGGAAGGAACAGGUGGAAUUCUAUUGGAUUGCUCCCAAUGAUGCUCCACAACGUAUACAAUUCCUAACCACAGUUGUGGAAAAAUAUUCAAUUUACUGGGUGAAAAUUCCAGGACCAGUCAUUUCUCAAAGUAGCUCUCUGCCCUUCACACAGAAACCACAGACAUUCAAGCCACAAAGUGCGCCAUCAACGUCUUCGCUUACAAAACGGUUUAGUGCAUCUGACUGUGGAAGCAGCAAAUUCUGUGUCAGAAACCCUUCUUUUUGUGAUCCAGAGCGGAGUGCACAGUGCUUCUUCCUGUCCUUCAGAAGGCAAGAUGACGCUGUGACGAUUGAAAUGAGUGGUCCAAGAAGAGGUUAUGUGUCGUUUGCCUUGUCACAUGACCAGUGGAUGGGCAAUGAUGAUGUCUACUUGUGCAGGAUUGAUGGCCAAAGUGUUCAGAUAAAUCCCGGCUACACCAGAGGACGAAUAGAGCCAGAGCUGACGUCUCCGGACAUUCUGCUGGACAUGGCGUGGAGGGUGGCUGAUGGAAUCCUUCAAUGUUCUUUCCGCAGAAGUGUCCACAUUCCGUCCUCCAAGGGGGAGAGGUUUGCACUGGAUGGCAGUUAUUAUAUAUUUCUAGCUGAUGGCGAUGCUGGGGAUGGAUCUAUUUUGAGACAUAGUCGUCAGCCCCUCAUAACCAGCAAGAUGUAUAAUAUCACUGGGGCUCCAGAAGACAUUGGAGGAUCGCGGUCUCCACUACUCAUCAAGUUCCAUGGUGCUAUGAUGUUCCUGGCAUGGAUGACAACAGUAAGCAUUGGGGUACUUGUCGCCCGUUUCUUCAAACCUGUCUGGCCAACCUCAACAAUAUUUGGGACGAAAAUUUGGUUCCAGGUUCACCGUAUCCUCAUGAUCACCACUGUGGUGCUAACGGGUGUUGCUUUUGUUCUGCCAUUUUAUUACCGAGGCCACUGGAGUACACGAGCCGGCAUUCACCCAUAUUUGGGCUGUGUGGUAAUGGCCUUGGCAGUUCUUCAGCCUUUAUUGGCAGUUUUCAGACCCCCACCUUGCAGUUCCAGGAGGCCACUGUUUAACUGGACGCAUUGGGGGAGUGGCACCAUUGCCAGGAUAGUGGCAGUGGCGGCCAUGUUUCUGGGCAUGGAUCUACAAGCUUUGGAUCUCCCAGACCCCUGGGACACCUAUACAAUGGUUGGGUUUAUAUUGUGGCACGUCGGUGUGGACAUCUUGCUGGAAGUUCACAGCUUCUGUCUUCUGCGGAGAUCAUUGGAUGGUCUUGCAAGGCAAACAGAUUUUGGAAAAACAGAGGACCGAGUUGAAAUUCUGAACCCUUCACAGAGUGAAUAUGAGGGCCACACCUUCAAGAAGAUUGUGCUGACUAUAUACAUCUGCGGAAACUUUGCCUUUCUGAUAACAUUCUUGGCUGCAAUCAACCAGAUUUAAAGCACACACUUAGGAAAAAAUGCCUUUAUUGAUGCUGUUAUAGCCUGUUGAACUAUGCAAUUCAGUCCUAUAAGAGCAGCAGAUAUCUCAGGACAUUCUGAUCUGUCAUGUUCAUGCUGCUGAUGUUGCUAAAGCUGAAGAGGAAAAUAAUAUCAUUUACCUUAACUCAGAGGGACGUUUUUUUAUUUAUCCUCUUUUCAUUAAUAAUCUCAUUUAUUUGGUGCCUUGAAGUGUGUCCCAGAUCUGAAAGUGCCAUACAAAAGCAACACUGCAGCACAUUGUUUUUUAUACACUGUUAGAUUAAUGCAUAUUCCUUAACAGACCUUUGUAUAGGGAUAUUUAGUCUGAGGCAGCAGCAGUCCCAGCUUCAAGGCUAGUGUUUCAUGUUUAAAGCACUGAUUAAGUAAUUUGUAUGCAAGCACAGAUGUCCUUACAACCUGGAUUGGUUGGUUGCUUUGAGGAUUGUAGUUGGGAAAACACUGCACUAAAGGUACAUACUUGCAUGUAGCAUUUUAGGUCCUCAUUGUGAUCAAUAGAUCACUCUGUAUUGAGUGUUGCCAUCAACUGGAAAAGUGGUAAUGGACCACAGGUGGUACUAGAAUUACCUAUCAGCACAUCCUCUAAACCAGAAGCUAGGGUUUGGCUAAUCCCAAGAGCCAUGUAACCUAUGCACAAAAUAAAAAAUAAGACUGCUGACAGCCUGUACUGAGCAGGUGUUGGGUCCCUAUAUGCUUUAUGUUUAUAUUCUAGUUGAGUAGUUCCCAAACUCUGUUCUCAAGGAACCCCAACUGUCCAUGAUUGAGCACAGGUGAAUUAAUUAGUACCUCAGUCAAUUUGAUUUUAACCAUCUGUCCUCAGCCAUGAAUAUCCUGAAAACCCUGGACUGUUUGGGUGCCUAGAGGACAAUGUUUAAGAAUCACUGUGCUAGUAGAAAGACUGUACUCUCUCUUUUUAAAGAAAAUUGUGUCCCCCUAAUUACAUUUAAUAAACAGUCAAUUUAGCUUAGUUAAAUGCUCUCUGUAACAGGGAUUGCUAAUAUGCCGACAUAUAGGAUGUGACUGUGGAGCCUGGAUACAAUUCUGUCA